AUGUCCGCUUCGAUCAAAUCGCACUCCACUCCACAACGCGUUGCCUUUGCUUCUGCAUCUCACUUUGCUCAACCUCAUGCCACUCCAUACCAUUCACCGGCAUUUGAACUAAUUUCCGACCCUCAGCCCCGUAUCAUGACUAGAACUGGGCUGGUUCAAGAGGCAGCAUCUGCAGAUCCUUGUGCAGGACAGGGUCCAAAGGAAGUGUCAGGCGAUGGCGAGCAAGAUCUUGAAGUUGGCACAGACGACGAGUCUGCGUUGCGGAAAAUUCAGAAGCCCAAGGGUGAGGUUAGUAGACCUGGGCGUGGUGGAUAUAAUCUACGUGUGGAACUCAAGUGGUCGACUGAACGUUUCGAUAAAGUGAAGGCGUACAUUGAUAAGCUCGUACAAGAACACCUGGACUGCACCGAGCCUCUCACUAAACAAAUAGCAUCCAAAGUCGAGGAGGUUCGCUCGCUGGCCGUGAAGAAGUUUCGAUUUCUAGAUGACUACCACGAUUAUUGGGCUGUUGAUGAUUUCGUGAGAUGCCACCUGAAGUACCGCAAACAAGCCCUCCAGAAAAUAUCUCUUCAAAAUGAGGCUGCCAAAACCCGAAAGGAGAUCAAGGAGGUCCGACAGCGUCUUGCACAGGCUGAGAAGGAGGCACGAAAGCAGAAGUAG